UAUUCAGCGCCAUUUUGAAAAACCAAAAAAAAUUGUUUGUUGGAUAUACAAUAUUUACUCUCUUUAUUUCACUUCAUUUACAUUAUAUACUCCCGCACACACGUGUAUCUUAAGAGCCCCUCCUAAAGGGGGUCUUAAUAUGUAAAGUCAAGGACUUAGUGAGCCCCCUUUAGGUCGGGGGAGCUCCCCCGAACCCCCCUACGAGCAUAUGUUAAGUGCAAGCUCUAACAACUACAGCUGUUACAAUGGGGGGACACCCCCCAAACCCCCCUCCGUCGACAUAGGUUUUUACCAGUGCGUUGGGGGGAAGCUCCCCCCAAACCCCCCCGGGUGGACAGUCAACUAGCCCUUCUGUGUCAUACUGCUGGAGGGGGGGUGCGAUGGGACCAUCCAUAUAGUUCCUUCCGACACAUUUUUGUUUUGGUAAUGUAAUACAUUGUGAUUGUCCUUAUUCACGGGAAUCGGGCGUUUCCAGUAAUAUACGACACUGAAAUGGAUUGUCCUCAUGCAUUCACUUUGGAAACGCAUUUUAAAAUAGAUGUCACGUCCUGUUAAUGGGGCACGUCAUCAUCGCGUACAUUUGGGAAAAACUCCCUAACGAGACCGGAGCAGACGGCUGAAAGUAGUUUAUUUAUUGGCCGCUAGGGUACAGAAUGUACGUCGCUCACCCAACGCUCACCCGAAAUUUUCACGCAACUAUAGCUAAAUAGAGCUAGUUCUAGUUUGUGAUUCAUUUUGAUACUUCAGAUUUGGGCAGAAGACCAAUAUAACUUAGUCGUCAGUGUGGUUUUAAGCUGGAAAAACGUAUUUGUUUUUCUUAAAGUGCCUUUUUUGGACGGGUGUGUGCGAUUGUUUUGUUUUUAUGUCACGUGACCUCGAUCAUGUCGACACAAAAUUGAAAUAAACCACCCUUUUCUGUCAUUAUUUAUGACGGAUAUUUCUCUAAUAAAAAUAUCAAUAUAAUUGGCCAAUUUCUUAGGCAUAUGUAGCGAAUUCCCAUGAAGAUUUAAAUUAGAUGUUCUCGUAACCUGUUACAACUGGUCUGAUUUAUAAUUCAGCGCUACAACUGGUCUGAUUUAUUUAUUCAGCGCCAUUUUGAAAAACCAAAAAAAAUUGUUUGUUGGAUAUACAAUAAUUACUCUCUUUAUUUCUCUUCAUUUACAUUAUAUACUCCCGCACACACGUGUAUCUUAAGAGCCCCUCCUAAAGGGGGUCUUAUAAUCCUAGAUACGACUAUGUCAUGAGUUUAAUCCAUGGAUCUAUCACGGGGAUUUUCCAUUAGCCAUCCAUGUAUGGAAUGUUCAUGAUCAAUCACCAUCAGCCAUGCCUAGCUGUGGACAGGAACUUUUUUCUGUAUAGCUGGAAGUGAUUUGUCUGUAAACAACUUAGACAAUCAUUUAACAAUAGAUGCAAUAGGUUAACAAGAUUAUUUCAAUUUAGAGGCCAAGACACAUCUUAUACAAUGUACUAAUGAUGAUAGUUUCAAGAGACACUUCAGCAUUUCAUGAUGUGCAACAGUAAUUUAGCCCGAAAUUAAAUGGAACAAACAAGAUGAAGAUGAAGAAGAUACUAGCACUCCAAGAUGGCAAAACUUUGAACUUUGCAGUCCACAUGAGUACAAAGAGGCUAAGACACAUCUUAUGUACCCAUCAAUCAGCAUCUUAAACCCCCCUCAAGCUUUACCCAAAACAAAUAAUUAAAAUUUGAUGCAAAGGCGGAAAAGCGCUCGUCUCAGUAUUAACCACCACUUUCAACAAGCAUCCCAGGUUUUUAGUUGAAGAUUCACAUCAUUGUGAAACUGUAAACAAAUUCAAUGAACUAUCAUAAUGAUCUUCUGCUGCCUGGUGUAGUGGUGGUGAAUCCCUAAAGCAACCUGGUGGAGACUUUGUUGGGGGUUUUGUUAUGUGAUGCCAGUCUAGGAUAUCCCAUCGCUGAUCUCAAAACAUCCCAGAUCAUUGAGUUGCUGAAGCCUAUGCACUGCUUUCCACUGCCUCAAAAAGUUAAAGUUUGUCUUUUUUGUUUGUUGCUGCUUUGCUUACUGCUUGACCAUGCUGCAUGCUCUGUUGAAAUCUUCACUAACAUCAUCCUAGGGAUGUCAUGCUUGACUCUGUGUUAUAAAUCAGAUCAAUGGAUUGGUGGCCAACACCUAGUGUUGGCCAUGUCGGACAUUGGGAAAGAAUUUGGGGGGGAAUAUAAAAGAAGUCUGUGGGGUAAUGUGUAUUGCGGUUUAACCGAUGAAGAAGCGAUGGUGGCCUCCCACAACCACAACAUGGUAGGAGAGGCCAGGCUCAAGAUGUCAUUCUAUGACAAGGUUAGAUUCUGUCGAGGGUGGAGGAAAGAGUUCGAAAAUGAUGUCGCUUGGAAGGAAUCUUGUAGAAAGCUUCAUGCUGAUGAAAAGACAACAAUAGACUUGGCCAUGCGGUUGGCAUUAUUUCCUGAAGAUAUGUUCAAGAUGCUGAUGGAGGUUGUUCGCUCUAUACGAGGAUGGGGCGACAAAAGACCAGCAGCUCAAAGCAAAAGAUCUAAAAAAACCAGAUCUGCAACAUGCCUGUUUCAGUGCUAUGGUGCACCUCCACAAUGAGGACAUUGAAUGGCUUUUGCAGAAAAUAAUGAACAAGGAUCUUUCUAUCGCCGAAAUGAAAAAAAAAGCGAAGGAAUUAAAAGGCCUUCAGAAGGUGAAACGUGCCUUCCUGAUUGGUGUCGGCAAGGCUACAUGGGAGGAAGCAACAAGUGCCUUUCCAGAGGAAACAAAGGAUGAAUUGCUUUCAAACUGGAAAGAUUAUUCUUUCAGUGGGGGCUCUGUUCCUGAGUCGUUUAGUGCGUUCAUCAGUAGAACAAUGGCAGUGAACACAAAUGACAAUGUGUCUAAGGUGAACUUCCUCAAACUUGGAAAAAAUGACAUAAGUCCAGAUGUAGUGAGUAAAGCAAGCCAACUGGUGAUUUGCAAGGCCAGUUCCACAACACUAAAGAAUGUCUCCUUGGCUACAAGAGCAAUCAACGUAACCCACGGCUGUACUUUGUACCGGCUUUUGGCCAUGGCCGACACAGUCGAGGAGGCCUUAAAAGCAAAGGACUUACUAAGUGGCCAAAAUUGGACCGGAAUAGACCUUGGGUUCUGGUACAACCCAGAUGUAAAUAAACCACAACAAAUUGGACAAAUGAGGGAUAAGGUAACAGCAUUCGUGGUAGCUUACUGGACACCGAAUGGGAAAACGAAUCAGGACUUCACAAUGAUUGACAUUGAUAACUGUUGGAAGUUGAAAUCUGAGGCAGCCUUCUUCGAUAGAGUUAUUCAAGUAUUUUCGUGUGAAACAGAUCAUGUGAUGAGCUGUUUCUUUUCAAGUAAUGGAAAUGCUACAUUGGCGGCAAGACGUCAAGGGAGAGAGGUUACCUGCAUUCGUGAAACCGAAAUGCAACUCGAUGAUGUCAGGUGCAUCCUCAGUGUGGAAGAGUAGAUAGUUGUAUUCAUCCAAGCUUUCAAUUUUCCUAGCCAAUCCAAGCAGUCAGAGUCACGUUAUGAAGUGAGGUAUGCGUCCUCCGAUCCCGCACCAGCAGUCAAUUGGGCCUGUUAACAUGUGAUGCUGUCCUUAUUAGCAGGUAUCAGCAGAUAUCAGUUGCUGUGAACUAACUGUUUCAUUUUCAAUGGUUUAGAUAUUCUUCAAAAACUCAUUUCAUAGGACUCAAAAUAUAUUUAUACCUCAACGGUUAGAACUAUAAAAAUGAAUACAUUUUCAAUGACUGAUAAGCAAAACAUAUUGUAUGUUUGUAAUUUGAAUGCUAAGGUACCAUUCAUCUACAUGUUAGUAGAGUUUUGCCUGUACAGAAGCUAAGCCAUCUACAAUGGAGUAUUUCAACUGAAUAGGCAAUUUGAAAUGCUUGAAGAAAGUACACUUUACAUGCAUCAGUGCUUGCAUGAAUGCUUACUAUCACUUGUAGACACUUUUUCAAUUUAGAAUAACAGAGUGACUUGAUUAUUGUAAUUUCAAAACCCAGGGACUCACAAAAUCAUAAACUAAUUUGGGUGGAUUGUGUAUUCAUAUGCUAUAGACUGUUUUCAAUAUGCAGCACGGUGCCCAACAAGACUAACACAGCGCAGUCUCUAAAAGAACCAGGUUGACGUCAUCUGCACCAAAGUUGGCCGUCAUUGUGACGUCACUGCAAAGGGUCUAUUCCGAUUUUCCAUAUCAGAUUUUAAAUGUAAUGCAAUAUGUUCUUGAAGACAUAUAUGACAAUGACUGAGGGUCUAUGAUUUUGUGGGUUUCGGCUCUAUUGUUAUUUGUUAUGGUGCACCCUUCAUUGUGAGCCUACUGUGUUACUUUAAAGGGACUCUAUAGGCAGCAGCUAGGUAGGCAAGAUAUAGUUACACACUCAAAUAGGGUUAUCUCACAGGACACCAAAACUAUUCAUGUCUGUAAGAGGAAAAUAUUUAGUGGUGAUUCAAAUACAACACGGUGCAUAUAAGUCACCAGAAGAUGUGCAAUUUAACCCCACUGGUACUGACUAUAGUCCCCCUUUAAACACAGCAACCCUAUUGGGUUUUUCAACCUGGGCAAUGAAGAUCUGUGCACAAAUUUAAUUUGAAACAAAAAUCAACAAAUGGCAAAGCACUGUCAUAUAAACUUAAAACAGUUGUUAGUAAUAAGUAUUGCGCAAAAAAAGGCAAACAGAGACUGGUGCGUUUAUGUAGCUACAUUUGUAUGCAAAGCAUGUUAUCAAGUACAUGUCUAUGUACAUGUACCAUGUAUACAGUCUGGCUCAUAAUAAUAUCAAUACUCCUCCGCGGUGACAGUAGUGUGAUUUUGAAUAUUAACUCUGCUUUUGGAGAUUGAAUAAUAUCAACACCUACUUCAAACCAUAUCUCCCAAAUUAGGGCACCAAAUACAAUGCGGUUCUUAUCAUUGCAAUUGUUUACCCGGGUUUCUUUUCGGGUAAAGAGAAAAAGUUGCAUCAACAAAAAUUGCAUGUUUCUUGUGAUUUGCUAUUGUUGACACAAAUGUCUUUUCACGGGUUUUUUUUCGGGUAAAGGGAAAAAGUUUAGUCAACAAAAAUUGCAUGUUUCUUGUGAUUUGCUAUUGUUGACACAAAUGUCUUUUUCCGGGGUUUUUUUCGGGUAAAGGGAAAAAGUUUAGUCAACAAAAAUUGCAUGUUUCUAGUAGUUGGCUAUUGUUGACAAAAAUGCAUUUUCUCAGUUAUUUUUUUCGGGUAAAGGGAAAGAAUCAUUUGAUGAACAGUUGCUUUUUUUUGCUUGGAUGUUAUUAAGGGCAAGUCUUCUGGUAUUUUCAAAGUUGUUGUUGUUUUCAAAUGGUUAGAGGUGACUUAUUGCUUAUUUAUAUCAUUGAUAGUAUAAAUUAGAUGAUAAAUGCAAACACCACUUGGAAUUUUUCAUAUUAACGUCAUUCAUUAGGUUUUUCGUGAAACAUUCAUUGUUUACGGAAAAUGUAUGUAAUUAAUUUGAUAAGUGUUGUAUAAAUUAUAUA